AUGGCCCCCGCGUCGAGUCCGAGCACGGUGUUCGACACCUUCCUCGGCGCCCUCCAGGGCACCAUCUCCGUCCUCCUCACCUGCUUCGCCGGCUACACCGCCUCCCGCCACCGCCUGCUCACCAGGCAGACCGUCAAGCACAUCUCCACCCUCUGCACCACCCUCUUCCUCCCCGCCCUCCUCAUCGUCCAGAUGGGCCCCGAGCUCACGCCCCCCUCCCUCUCCCGCUACUGGAUCAUACCCGCCUGGGGCCUCGCCUCCACCAUCGUCGGACACCUCGUCGGCUGGGCCGGCCAGCGCGUCCUCGGCCUCAAGCACUGGACCAUCAUCGCCUGCGGCCGCCCCAACAGCAACGCCCUCCCGCUCCUCCUCCUCCAGAGCUUCGAGUCCACCGGCGUCCUCGAGCUCCUCGCGCGCGACGGCGACACCGUCAAGCAGACCCUCCACCGCGGCCGCAGCCUCCUCCUCCUCAACGCCAUCGUCCAGCAGGUCUUCACCUUGCAGCUCGCCCCCAGCGUCCUCGCCCGCGACGACGGCCACCAUAAGGCCGACCGCCAACGCUCCAACAUCCUCCGCCCGGGCCCCGGCCGCCUCCUCCCCAUCGUGCAGGACGAGGAGCGCGUCGGUCUGCUGGACGACCCAGACACAGAGGCCGAGCAACGUCCGGAGGUCCUCGGCGACGCCCUCGACCCAAUUGUCGACGCGCCUGACGUGCACUGGCCGCAGUCCAUCGCCGCAUUCGAGAAGCCAGUCAAGAAGGUGUGGAGCUACAUGAGCCCCCCGCUCAUCGGCGCGAUCAUCGCGUUCGCCUUCGGAAUGAUCGGCCCCCUGCAUAGGUGGUUCCUCGACGAGGACGGCGUCCUGUACGCGUCCGUCACGCAGAGCGUCAAGAACCUCGGCGACAUCUUCGUCGUCCUGCAGACAUUCUCCGUCGGCGCGGAGCUCGCGCUCGUGCCGUCCAGCCACCCGGGCUACCUGCCCACCGUCUGGGUGCUCGUCGUGCGCUUCGCCCUCAUGCCCGCGCUCAGCCUGCUCUUCGUCUGGCUCACCGCGGGCCGCGGGUGGUACGUGAGCGACCCGCUCGUCUGGUUCCUCCUCGUGCUGCUGCCCGCAGGACCGUCCGCGAUGCUCCUCGUGAACGUCGCGGAGCUCGUCGACAUCGACCAGGGCCCGAUCGCGGGCUACCUCACGAUCGCGUACUUCCUCUCGCCGCUCAUGGCGGUCGUGUGCUCGCUCGGGCUCGCCGUCGUGCAGCGCGCGCAGGAGAGGGUGUGA